AUGGCGCAAUCUGUGAAGGAAGGACUGGAACCGGCUAUCCUUCUGCUGCUUCAGAUUGCUGGGAGCUCCAUGGUUGCAGCUCAGGGCUUCGUCACCCGAAGCGGUACCAGCUUCUAUGACGCCAACGGGAGGUUCAUUGUGCAGGGCUGCAAUUUCUACCCAGCGAUGAGUCUAGCUUCGAACAGCAACAACCGGCCCCAAGUCGCCAACCUUUUGGCGACCGCCUCCAGCCUGGGUCUGAACGUGGUCAGGACUUGGGCCUUUGGCGACGGUCCCGGACAGCUGCAGACGGCGCCCGGACAGUACAACGAGCAGUGGUUUCAGGGACUGGAUUACGUCAUCGCCCAGGCGGCCCAGAAUAAUCUGCGCGUCAUCCUGCCGUUCGUCAAUAACUGGAGCCGGAACUGCCCUGACAGAAGUGAUGCGUUGGUUCUCCUGAAGGACGGCGUCAACUUUCUGCUGACAUCACUUUCCUCUUCCAACUUCAGGAGCAAUUACGGAGGCAAGGACCGGUACGUGCAGUGGAGCCAGCAAGCGAGGGCCGGAGGGUCCAAUCCGGAUGACUUUUAUUCCAACGACUAUACCCGUGAUCUGUACCGGAAGUUUGUCAGCGCCGUCAUCAACCGUCAGAAUACGUUUACGGGAAUCUAUUACAAGAACGAUCCAACAAUCUUCGCUUGGGAACUGAUGAACGAGCCCAGAUGCGAAUCGGAUCCGUCCGGAGAUACGCUUCAGAAUUGGCUCCAGGAGAUGGCCUCUUACGUCAAGAGCAUUGAUGGCAACCAUCUGCUGAGCACCGGGACGGAGGGCUUCUACGGGCCCUCGACCACCGCCCGUCACUUCCUGAACCCAGGGGGCUGGGCGGCAAACACAGGGGAGGACUGGAUGCGCAACCACAGGAUAGACCAGAUCGACUUCGCGACUUUCCAUUCUUACCCAGACCAGUGGAUGGGCGGCACAAUUGACGACCAGCUGGCCUUCCUUGCCAACUGGACGCGGGGCCACGUGUACGACGGGAGCGCUGACCGGCUGAACAAACCGGUGGUUAUGGGCGAAUUUGGGGCUCCGAUGUCGUCUCAGAGGACGCAAGACGAGUUCUCGAACCGGAACCGGUUCUUCCAGAUCGUGUAUCAGUCGGUGCUGAACGGUGGCGCAAACGCGGGCGUGAUCUUCUGGCAACUGAACGUCGCUCAGAACGUCCCCCAGUCCCCCAACAAGUACGCAGUCUACUGCCCCGCCGACUCCUCGACGGUCAACAUCAUCUCACAGCAAAGCGCAGCGGUCAGAGGGCGCCGUUGUAAGUAG